GGCUGGCAUUUGCAUUGAUAAUCCUGUGUAGAUCAUUGCCCCCAGAUCCUGAGCAGGGUGCUUUGUGAUUACUCAUUCCCCUGCUAUCAGUAAUCUAACCACCUGCUUGUUUGGGCGGACUCAGAAAUGCUGAUGCAAUCCACCUCAAUGAGGCACAGCUGUUCAACAAUGCAUUUGUAGUGCAUAGUUUUCUGCCUAGAUUUCUACUGUUCAUCUGACUUCAUUUACCCAUAAAUCCGAUUCUUUUUAUCACUGUUUUCAGUUUCUUUCUGAUAACCUGUACAGUCCCCAAGCACUGAAGGGCACGGCUGUGACUGCCAGAAAGACUACUUGCUUAUCUGAGCAAUAACUGGUAUAACUUGCGCGUUGCCUACAUUGUUGAAUGUCUCCUUCCUUUUUUUGGACCUGCCAAUCCAGUUCCUUACCUUGGAAAGUUGCUGCCAUCUCCUUGAAUCAUGACUCCACGAGAGCACAUGAGAAAAAUGUCCAUCCUGGGGGAACAGGGAGCACUGGAUGAAAAGCACCUGUACCGUCUAGCGAGCGGCAUGGCAGCAGGGGAACUGCGGCAGCGACAAGAGAUGCUCAUGAGGAACCAGCUGAUGGCAGUGAACCCUCAGCUGAUGGGCACAGCCCAGCAGAGAAUGCAGGCGAUCCCCUCCCAGUUUGAGCCUCGGCUGGUAGACAGAGAUCUGUUACCUUCAACUGACAUGACGGCCACAGCCGACCCGAGACAAAUUCAUAUCACAUCCCACCUCGGGCCCACGGUCCCACAGCACAGCAGCAUGCCCAACCUGCUGUCCAACCGCAUCUACCCAGGCCCAGGAUAUGGCUUUCUCCAACCAGAAUCCAUGGAGGCUGUGGCCAGAAGACAGGAACUGGUUCAGAAGCAAAAUAUCGCCAGAAUGGAGAUGGAGAUGAGUGCUAUCUUUCAGCAAAAAGAAAUGGAGAAAGCUCAUCGGAAAGGACUGCUGAGCCUGGAAGCACCUUUCCUUUACCACGGGAUGCCGGCCAGUCCCAUUGCUUUCCGCGGCAGGCACAGGCUGCCUGAAGGACACCUUCCCAGUGACUUAUACGUUCACCGUACCACCCUGGAUGAAAUCCAUGGCAACACCAUGCUGAUGGCCACCAGCCCGUACCCCCCCGUCAGCACCCUGCAAAGGGAGAGGGGCCGCCGACCAGGGAGGAGAGCUGCAAACCACAAAGCUGCAGACUGUGGGGCCAAUGGCACCAAGAGCCAGACUGAAGACAAAAGUAUGGACCUCGCUUCCACUGCGGGAGAUGAUGAGAAAGAAGAUAAGAAAGAGGCAGAGGUGGAGACGCCAAACAAACACGAACAAAGCAAAAACCAGGCGGAGCCACCAGCAGUUGUCAAGAACUGCAAAGAGUUAGAGCAAGACUUGAGAAAAAACUGUGCUAAUCAUGAAAUAUCUGCUGAGCCCAACAGCUGCAACAGCACGAGUGAGAAGGAGUCCAAUAGCUCCUGUGCUGCUUUUGAUGACAAGUACAUGUACCCGUCUGCCAUCCCAUUCUCAGCACUACCAUAUGGAUUUCCAGUUCCCAGCAACCCACUGCUCCCUCCAGCAGCUCAUGGCCUGAUCCUGAACGGAGAAGACAUUUCCACCAUUGAAGACAUCCGCAAGUGGACAGUUGAUGAUGUGUACAACUUUAUCAUUAGCCUCCCAGGCUGCUCUGAUUAUGCCCAGAUAUUCAAAGACCACGCUAUCGAUGGAGAAACCCUCCCACUGCUAACAGAGGAACAUCUCCUAGAUACUAUGGGAUUAAAACUCGGGCCAGCGUUAAAAAUCCGCUCUCAGGUGUCUCGACGUCUGGGCAACGUGUUCUACAUGAUGAACCUUCCCCUGUCCGUGCCCCUGCCACCUGCUCCAGGCAAACCCCCAGAGCAGCCCUCUGACAUCACUUCCCCUCUUCGCUGCAACAGCAGCGGUGAUGUGCUGGACAGCCCCUGCUCACAGGGCCUGGAGACUUCAAAAACAGUGGAACAGAUUGUUUCAGAAAGCAGGGAACAUCCAUGUGAUGCAGAUGGACCACAGGCUGACUUCCAGAUGAUCGCUUUUCAGAAGAGUUGAGCUGGGCCCAAGACAUAAAAUGUUUCUAAUGAUACAGGAGCCUUCAGUUACCAGGUGUUUGAGAGGGUAGCUGCAGCCUGAAACCUCUGCAUGGGAUUGAGACUGAAUGAAACCAGUUGUGCUGCGGUAUCUGAAAAGCACUUUAAAAAACAGGACUACAUAUUAGUGCAAUUACUUUCAAGUGCAAUUCACUGAAAAGGGUACCAGUACAAUUAACACCGCUGAAAUCAGUCAGAGGCUCAGAGCACACAAACUUGACUCUGAAGGACAAACAAAUGGUUUUGAGGAAACUAAGUCUUGUAAUCUGAGUGUUGCUCGAUUGGUGAUCUGCUGUACAUCACCACUUCAGAUUCCUCCUCCUUUGUUUAGUUUCUGUGGCCACACAAAAACCUGUUAAAAACCAAGAGGUGCUGCUGUGUCUCAACACACGAGGAGGAAUGUUCUUGUCUUUUAGACUGUGGGCAGCUGUUUUUCUGCUUCAGCUCGAGGAAAAAUGUUUUAUUAGUUUUGAUACUGUAAAUCAAACAUUUGUGCAGUAGAUUAUAUGAAAUUAGAUGUUUGGAACAGCAGCUUACGGUGUUCAUCUUACUGUGCAGUCCGAACUUCGGAGCCUUGAGUGGCAGACACCUCUCAUAUUCCCUUCUUGAAACAGCAAAGCCUUGCUCUAAGAGUUCAGCAUGAUUCUGCUUUGUUGAAAACUCUGUCACCGCCACCAGUUCCAGCAGUGCUGGGCUCUGUGCUUCAGAUACUGUAAGUAGGGGUUAUGUUUGGAGGUUCCACUGAUGAAUUCCACUUAGGCCCAAAGGAAAAGUGUGAACUGCUAUACAAUAAAAUACUCCAAAGAUGCAGACAGGCCCUAAGGUGUUCUCCUAAGUGAGGUGCUGACCUUCAUGCUGAUCCAUUCUCUUCAAUACUUUUUCUACAAUAUUCCAAGAUUUUUAAAUGUAGGAAGAUGGAUACAAGAGUUUUAGAUUGGAUUUGAUAAUUUUAAAGAUGUUUUACUUUUGCAGAUCCUGGAUAACGCACAAUUAUCACUACAAUGAAGUUGUAUUCUGGUCGUAAUGUUUUUACAUGCUACUUUAACAUAUAACGUCUUGGAUUACUGACACCAGAAGAGAAAGUUUCCUUUCACAGUAGAUUCACUUAUCUAAUUAAACACAAUCCACGUACUGGUUUUCAAAUGGUGUCCUACCUGGCAAGCCCUUGGUGCUGCAGGACCAGUCCCAGCUGGGGGCUCGCUGGGCCACACGAUGUCGCUGCCCGGUUAUGAGCACUUCGCAGAGGCCGCCCCCAAGGGAAAGGCAGCACAGCGUGCAGGUGGGUGUCAAGAACAGGGAUGUGAGCAAGCAGGACUUGUUUUCCUCAAGGAACAGCAGAGGAGCUUGAGUUGAAAUCCUAUGUGCUAGGGAAGAAAGGCUGAAAUCUGGCUCUGAACAAUGUGAGUGCUGUUUUUGUAAGUGGCUCAGACAUGAAUAGUUAGAAAAGCAGAGAAAGCCGGAUCAAAACAUGACAAGCCUGACAGCGCUGCAAUUAAAAAGGCAUAUGAUCCUUUGCACAUCAUGGGCUCUUCUUCCCAGAACUCCAAAUGGGGGAAGUGUGUCAGAGCAGCCACAGUGCAGCAAGGCCCAGGUUGUACACAAUGGAAGAGUGAAAUUGGAAGGAGAGGGAUUUACCUGAACGGACACAAUCUGCUCUAUUUCCAAUGCAAGGAAUACAGUUAAAGUUAACUAAAAGUUUCCCUCUGACAAACACUUCUGAAAGGAGGAAAAAAGAAAGUCAAAACACUGGAGAUACAGAAUCAGCACACGCAGCCCUGCUGUCGGAUUCUGAUGUGUUUCCAUGGACUACAUUUACAAGGAAACACUCGAGGCUUUGCUGAUUCCCAGCAGCCAUGUGAGCUUUUGGGCUUUUAAUACUUAUUCCAGCUGCAAAAGGGUGCAGCCAGCAUGUAACAGAGCUGGCACAACUGUGGGAGCUGGUGACUUUCUAGUGCCCCGCUACAUUUGGGUUGUUUUUUUCCUGCAAUGCUAUUUAAAUCACAGAGGAAUGCAUACGAUGCCUUAUAAUAGCAUAUGAUGCUUUAUAAUACACAGAAUUCUUUUGACUCAACAUCUCUUGUGCAUCAGGCAGUAGCAGGAAGCUGCAUCAGAGACUAAAUUUCUAAUUGAAGUGGACAGAUCUGAGCAUAUGUGGGCAGCAGUCUUUACUUUUAAGAGCACCAUCCUUUGUUGCAUGAGGAAUGUGAAAGUACAUAACUGAGCUUUGUAACACAAACGCUGCAUAAGCCAGCAAAGAAAGGCUGUGGACUGCUAUGGAUAUGCAAUGCAUUUUACAGGCCAUGUGAAUAAAAUUCAAAGCCCCCUGCAGCUUUCAGAUCACACAGCUGUAAUAGAAAACUACUGUGAUAACCUUCCCUAAGGCCUCCUUUGUACAUAAGCUGUUCAUUCUAUUCCUAAUACAACAUACAAAACUCAGCACUUUUUUUGCUGAAUCAGUUUCUUCCACGCUUUAAAAUUUGCUGGACUAUCUGCCAUAUACAGAUUGCAUGAGCUCUAACUUCCAUCAGAGCAGGAACUCACUUCAGCCCUUUCCAAACCACCAGAACAAGCACAGUUCUCCAUGAACCAGCCCAUCUGACCUGAUAUUUUCACCUAAGCCAUUCAUUAUUCACAGGGAAAUAACAGCUCAGUGAGGCUGGGUGUUCACCACAAUCCUCCUUCCUGUGAUGCCUGGCUUUGACUAAGCCCUUCAUGCUGUAAUAUAUUGCAAUGGCCAUAUUGCUAUAGUAAUUUAACCCUAUUUCUUGGCCUUUAUGCAUUCCUUUCCUUUGUCCCAUUGCCAAGUUCACCCCAGCCUGUAUCUGCCCAAGCAGGUAUUAGUUCUGCUACUCUCUACCUGGUGUUCUUGAGCCAACAAUCUCACUGUUGGUACGGGUACGAAGUCUUAUCUAGAUCAUACAAAAGAACCUAUAUGUAGGUUCUUCUUAGCCCAAUGUUAUAUAGAACAUUAUUUUUUCCCCUGUAACACAAUGAAGACAUGAAUCGAUGUUUUUCUCAUGCAAUAUUUCAGAACCCAUGUGAUAUCUGCACGUGUGAACUACUGAAAUAAAAACCAACCAACCACAACAGCAAACAGAAGAAUCCCUUGUAACCAAGGGGAAAAAAGAAAGCAUCAAGAUGACCCAAGUUUCAUCUUCUCAUUAACCUUCAGUUACAGGGUUAAAACAGCUCUGCUAGAGCUGCUCAGCCUGUGAUUCAUGGGCUUCCAGCAGGCUGUUAGUCUGCAUUGAAAGACAGCCUGCAAAGCAACCACCCGCUUCUGGCUGAGUCUGUUAAUGUGAGAGAUGUAAACACCAGAAUCACAUUUUUAUAG